GAGGAGGAGAGAUUGAAUGAGAAGCCUCUGAGAGGAUCUCGAGAGGAGCCACCACAACAAAACGACCUCUCCAACAGUCCAGCGAGUGCAAACACCCACUGGCUUGUCAUUUGGAUUAGAUUUUUUAUUUUUAAACAUUUUCUGUACAUGCAUGGCUGAAUAAGCGCCUCAAACUUGUGGAACUUUUUACAGCAACAAGUUUUGGUGGAAGAGGGGUUGCCCCCCUCCCUCCAGAUUUGGGAAAAUGGGACAUUUUUCAAGGAAUUGGACAAUACGACUACUGGCUUUUAUUCUGCUGCACUUCACUACUGCUCAAGCUGCUCAUCCCGUCGAUGUUCUCCGGAUGCUGGAGCUGUCGGAGACCAUGGAGGGGGUGUCCGUGCAACCUGGUCUCUGCGGCAGCCGCAAACAGGUGGAGGAACCGCGGCAGGCCUUCAGAAUAGACCAGAAAAUCCAGCUCAGUGCCCCCACCAAACAACUUUUCCCUGAGUCCACAUUCCCUGUAAAUUUCUCCCUGAUGGCCACCGUGCGAGCCAGAAAGGGAUCGCAGUCAUUCCUGCUCUCCGUCUACGAUGAGAACGGCGUGCAGCAGCUGGGCCUCGAAGUGGGCCCUUCGCCAGUCUUCUUGUAUCGGGGCCGGGCGACGGGGCAGCCCACCCCCGAAACGCAGCCCACGUUCAAGGACGUCGACCUGGCAGACGGACAGUGGCACAGGAUAGCCUACAGUGUGCAGGGCAAGACCGUCACCCUCUUUUUGGACUGCCACAAGGUCGAGACGCUAAAGCUAAGACGCGGCGAGGACGCCGUCGUCAGCGCGGAAGGCAUCGUCGUAUUCGGAUCACGACUGCUGGAUCAAGCUGUAUUUGAGGGAGAGAUUCAACAACUGCUGAUUGACGAAGACCCCCAGGCUGCUGCCGCUUAUUGCAUCGACUACAUGCCGGACUGUGACUCAGCUGUGUACCACGGGAGCCGAGACCCGGACCUUCAAGGGAAGUCGCAACCGGAGCAGCCGGAAGAACCGGACGCCAAAGAGGACGGGAAGGGCAGAAAGAACAAAAAGAAGAGGGACAAGGGCUCCAAGGGCAAAGGCAAACGGAAAGGCAGGAAGGGCAAAGGCAAGGGGAAGGGGAAGAAGAAGGGAUCGAGGAAGAAAAGUAUUGAAGACGGAAGUCUGGACGACGGCUUCAUCGCAGCAUCUACUGUGUCGCCCGAGUAUCUGUCCCAACAACGGCCUAUUUCGGACCUGAAAAGCACCGCAGAGACAGUCGAUCCCACUAACGUCUACGACGACGAGCCCCUCGCGGAGAUGCCCGCGAACGGACCCUCGACGGAAGCCCCCUCACCACUCAGCAUUGCCCAGUCAGAACUUCAUGUUGAGGGCCCAGAGGAGGAACGCGGCGGCGGCGACCUUCACGCCAACCGUGUUGACGAGCUCGCCGUUUCCAUAGUGACAGCCGGCAUUAAUUUGACUGAAUCUGAGGUCCUCGAACACGACGACUACAACAACACCAACUCAGAGUACGAAGACUAUGACGUAUACGACGGCUACGAUUUUGCGUUGGGGGAAGGAGCCCACACGUGGGACGCAAAGUCAAGAGUGCCGACAGAGAAAGGACAGAAGGGCGAGCCCGCCGUGUUCGAGCCGGGGACGCUCGUGGAAGGGCCGGCGGGCCUGCCAGGACCGGAGGGACUUCCUGGUCCAGUUGGACCAACAGGCCCCCCAGGACCCAGAGGAGACCCUGGCGAAAUGGGUCCCGCUGGGCGUCCCGGUCUUCCAGGGGUUGACGGAAUUCCAGGUCCACAAGGGACUCUGCUGAUGCUGCCUUUCCAGUACAGGGGCGAUUCCCAAAAGGGACCGGUGGUGUCCCCCCAGCAGGCCCAAGCGCAGGCCAUCUUGCAACAGGCGCAGCUGUCAAUGAAGGGACCUCCAGGUCCGGCGGGUCUCACGGGCCGACCGGGCCCACUGGGCGCCCCGGGCCCCGCCGGCCACAAGGGAAACAUCGGCGACCCGGGCCCGCCGGGACCUCAAGGAUCGCCUGGAGUUCAAGGGAUUAACGGGAAACCGGGAAAAAGGGGCCGCGCCGGGACGGACGGGGGACGUGGGGCUCCAGGAGAAACUGGCGUUAAGGGCGAUCGAGGUUUCGACGGCCUGCCGGGACUUCCGGGAAACCAGGGACACAAAGGGGACAGAGGAAAACCCGGUCCUCACGGUCCUGCCGGAGAGCCGGGAGAAAGGGGACCAAAUGGACCUGUAGGCCCGAGGGGGCAACCUGGAGAACCCGGUCCACGGGGUCUCUUUGGGUCAAGGGGCCCACCGGGACCACCCGGCCAACCGGGUGUUCUAGGAACGGAUGGAGUGCAGGGGUCAAAGGGAAACCAGGGUCCGCAUGGUGAAAUAGGACCUGCAGGACAACAAGGAAAUCCUGGACCGCAGGGAUCGCCGGGCCCCCAGGGUCCCAUCGGGCUGCCGGGCGAGAAGGGUCCCCAGGGGAACCAGGGCAUGCAAGGACUACCAGGCAUUGAUGGCCCGCCUGGUCACCCAGGAAGAGAAGGACCCCAAGGGGAAAAAGGCACCCAAGGAGGGCUCGGCGCCCAGGGGCCUAUCGGGUACCCGGGACCCCGCGGCGUCAAGGGAGCAGAUGGUGUUAGGGGUUUAAAAGGUGCCAAAGGAGAGAAGGGAGAAGAUGGCUUCCCUGGCUUCAAAGGUGACAUGGGCCUCAAGGGAGACAGGGGCGACGGCGGCGCCCAGGGGCCUCGUGGAGAGGACGGGACGGAAGGGCUGAAGGGCCAACAAGGAGCCAUGGGGGAUUUAGGAUCCCCGGGGAUGGCUGGAGAGAAGGGCCAACUUGGAGUGCCUGGACUGCCUGGAUACCCGGGACGUCAAGGGUCAAAGGGAUCGCUUGGCUUCCUCGGUGCGGCAGGAGCCCAAGGAGAAAAGGGUCGGAGGGGUCCAGCCGGGCAGCCUGGAUCUGGAGGCCAAAGGGGUCCUAAUGGGGCCCGUGGAGGAAGAGGACCGAGAGGUCCCACUGGGAAACUUGGAGAAAAGGGUUCGUCUGGUCAAGAUGGCCCCCAGGGAUCCCCCGGAGAGCAGGGUCCGCAAGGGCCACAGGGAAUGCACGGAGAAACCGGACCAAAAGGACCAAAUGGUCCGCCUGGAAAAGAUGGAGUACCAGGUCAUCCUGGCCAGAGAGGGGAACCGGGAUUCCAAGGCAAAAAUGGACCCCCUGGUCCCCCCGGUGUUGUCGGACCACAGGGCAAGUCCGGUGAAACGGGGCCAACCGGCGACAGGGGCCACCCGGGGUCACCGGGACCGCCGGGUGAGCAAGGAUUACCUGGGUCGGCCGGAAAGGAGGGAGCCAAGGGAGACCUGGGCCCACCAGGAGCACCGGGAAAGAGUGGUCCUGUAGGGCUCAAUGGAUUUCCAGGCAGCAGAGGGAACCCCGGUGCAACGGGUCCUGACGGCUUAAAAGGAGGAGAGGGCGUAUCUGGUAUUGCGGGACUCAUUGGUGCCACCGGAGAGAGGGGACCCGACGGGCCGGCGGGUUCUAUUGGCCAGCCGGGGCGGCCCGGCAAUGUGGGCCCGGUGGGGCCCAUCGGAGAGAAAGGCGACCCGGGAGAGAAAGGUCUCGCCGGUCUGGCUGGGCAUGACGGGGAACAAGGACCUUUUGGGCUCCCGGGACCUGUAGGACCAACUGGGCCUCCAGGAGAGGACGGAGACAAGGGUGAGACGGGCGGACCGGGCCAGAAGGGAAGCAAGGGAGACAAAGGAGAAGCAGGACCUCCGGGACCUAUUGGAAUUCAAGGACCCGCGGGCCAGCCGGGAACGCCUGGGGCGGAUGGCGAGCUCGGUCCACGUGGGCAGCAGGGAAUGAACGGACCCAAAGGAGACGAAGGACGGAGAGGCUUCAAGGGAGGAAGUGGUCCCGCGGGCCUACAGGGAAUGCCAGGAUUGCCAGGGGAGAAAGGAGAAAGUGGGCAUGUAGGCUCUAUGGGACCCCCAGGACAGCACGGACCUCGAGGCUCCCAGGGGCCGGUUGGCGCAGCGGGCCAAGCGGGAAUGCCGGGAGGAGUUGGGCAACCUGGACCACCCGGAGAGAAGGGGGAGGACGGUGAGGCCGGAGACCCAGGAGCCGUUGGAGAGUCCGGCACUGCUGGUGUUCAAGGAGACGUAGGGGAGAAGGGAGACUCUGGACCACCUGGUCUGUCAGGACCUCCAGGAAUUCGAGGAAUACCCGGAGAGGAUGGACCUAAGGGCAAUAUCGGCCCGGUUGGAUUUCCAGGAGACACAGGACCCCCUGGGGAAAUCGGUAUCACUGGAAAAGAUGGUGGACCGGGACCUAAAGGUGACGACGGAGACACUGGCAAAGCGGGACCCCCAGGAGCCUCUGGAGAGCCAGGUCCGCCGGGACCUCCUGGACGACGGGGUCAUGUGGGCGCUGCGGGAUAUGAAGGGAAGCAAGGAAUGAAAGGAGCCAAGGGAACAACAGGUACCCAAGGUCCAGUGGGCAAGACGGGCCCUGUGGGACCGCAAGGGCUCCCGGGCAGGCCUGGUCCGGAUGGGCUUCAAGGUAUCCCAGGUCCUGCGGGUGAGCAAGGGUUAACUGGUCCACAAGGACAAAGUGGACCACCUGGACCAAUGGGACCACCUGGACUUCUAGGACUGAAGGGGGACCCUGGACUAGACGGAGAAAAAGGUCACGGUGGGUUACUCGGCUUAGUGGGCUCCCCGGGCGACGCCGGUGAGAAGGGUGACAGAGGCCUGCCCGGUACCGAUGGAAUACAAGGGCCUAAAGGAGAUGAGGGUGUGACUGGCCCACCUGGUCCCACCGGACCACCAGGACCACCUGGUCUGUCGGGGGCUGGUGGAGAAAAAGGAUCCAAGGGCAAUAUGGGUACCGUUGGUCCCAAAGGUGAUCCAGGCUCUGCUGGCCCGCCAGGACCCCCAGGACCCCCCGCCACUGUGGUUCAACCCCUCCCGAUUCGGGAGGGCAGGAAGAAAAGACGAAACUCGGAUCGAGCCGGAGCCUUCUCGUCUCGGGAGGAGGAAUUGGCUAUCAAUAUGGAAGAGUUUCUGCAAGCAGACCAGCCUUUUGGAGGAGAGGAUGGAAUGGAGGAAGUCUUCGCCACGCUUUCAUCCAUGAAAACCGAAGUGGAGCUGAUGAGGAGGCCCCUGGGGACCUUUGAGAGCCCGGCACGCACCUGCAAGGAGCUCAUGAUGGUGCAGCCGGAUUUCAAAGAUGGAGAUUAUUGGAUUGAUCCUAACCAAGGCUGCAACCGAGAUGCCUUCAAGGUCUUCUGCAACUUCACAGCCGGUGGUGACACAUGCCUGGACCCUGACACGAAGAUUGAAAUGGUGAAAUUAGCAGCGUGGAGCAGAGAGAAACCAGGAAGCUGGUACAGUCAAUACAGAAGAGGCAAAAAGUUCUCGUACAACGACAUGGACGGGAACACCGUACACGUGGUCCAGCUGACCUUCCUCAAACUACUGAGCGCCACGGCCAAGCAGAGCUUCACGUACACGUGCCAGAACUCGGCGGGCUGGUAUGACGCCGCCUCCCAGUCCUACCACCACGCCCUGCGCUUCCGGGCCGCCAACGACGAGGAGCUGACCCAGGCCAAAAGCUCCUUCAUCCGCGCAGUGUACGACGGCUGCGAGUUGCGUAAAGGCCACGAACGCACCGUACUGGAGGUGGACUCGCCCUCGGCCGAGCUGCUGCCGAUCAUGGACGUGUCCGCAACGGACUUUGGCAACAGCAACCAAAAGUUUGGAUUCCAAGUUGGACGUGUGUGCUUCACUGGCUGAAAACGAAGCAACGACAAGAAAAAAAAAAAAAAAGACCACUGAACACUGCAAAAACCAAAGAAACGGGAGUUUUACCACUGCCCCGAGCAAUAUUUAUUAUAUUAUGUUGUAUAUUAUUUAAGAGUUUCUUCAUAGCCCACGUUGGGAAUUCCUACAGCUUUACAACACGAACACUCCAUUCGUCAGUUGCGACGAAAGCACCAAGGGAAAUAAGAUGUGUUCAUACGGUUUUUUUUUUUUGUUUGUUUUUAAUCCUUCCACUUCCAUUCGGUCCUGCGCAAGGGUUGGACUCCUGAGCUACGUAAUAUUUCCCAAAAAACUGGCACUGAGUGAUUCCCAGACAUUUAUUUGCAUGCUACCAGGUCACUAUACCGACAGUCGGCGAGCAGAUUUAUUUCACUCUUCAUUUCCCGUAUGCAGAAGUGACGAAUGGUCUCGUUUUCCCCGCAAGUCCAGUUUGCUAAACGUGAUUAGCGUUUGGUGGCUGAACGUGGGCUCGAUUGAACUACGCAGGGGUAGAUCCUUGGUUUUCCAUAGUCUUAAUUUUAUAAAUGUGUUUUUCCACACGUACUGUAUUUGUCUCCUCUCUGCGAGGACAUUCCAGGGCAAGAAUUAAGAGCAUGCUGAUUAAAAACAUUCAUCUCCUCGUUGCUCCUUUAUACCAAGAGACAUGCCAUGCAACUCUUGUCUCCUUAGAGCCUCACUCCGAGGCAUUUGUUUCUCUGUAUUAUUUAUAUGUUGAAAUAUGAAAGUGUGACUUGCUCUUCGCCGGUGCUAUUUUUUAUUUUUAUUUUUGGGUGGGGGGGUCGUUUUUGUUUAGGUGCCUCUGAGGGCUGAUCACAGGACGAGUCGGAGGGAGGUGGCGAUUGCUCCUUCGGCUGAAGGAAUCAGCUUCUGAGGGAGGCUGGGGACAACUGCGCUGAAGGCAAAGGGGGAGGGCGUCCGGGGGUGUUACACAUCUUCUGGGUGAUUGUCCCAAUUUCACAGGGCCAGUGAAGGUCGCUGGGGACAUCUCAGCGCGGCGUGGUUUGCAGCUUUAAAGGGAAACGCCACUCGUGCAUGAAACGUGCGGUAAUAUUUGCUCAGCACGAAAAGGAGAGUUCCCAAUUUCCCUAUAAAAAAGGAGCCGAGGUGACGUUAAAAGUGUAAAAUCUCAGUUCAUCGUUACAUCGGGUGAUCACCAUGUGUUAAGGUUUUGAAAGGGGGAAACUCAAGCUAUUCUUGCCCCAAGAAUACAUUGUACGUGACCCCACUAGUCUAAAAAUAGUAUUCUGAGUAAUAUUUCAGAAAAUCUUUGCUCGGGUGCUAUGGCAACACACAUGGGGGAGGCCGAUUAACUGUUUUCCGGUUUUGUCACGUGACAUUCGCAGUGCAGCGUUCGAGAACAGUUGCGAUGACUUUGGUCGGCAGCAGGGGGCGCUAUUUCCCAACCUGGCCACCCCCUGGGAUGGCUGAAAAGUGCUGCAUUAAUCGGUUUAAUUUUUAUUGCUGAAGCGCAACAUUAAUCUGAAUAUUGUUCUUCGACAAGUUGGGGCACAUUCAAUGUAUUCUUGCCCCCCGCCCUAAAAAAAAAACAAAGUUCCCUUUUACAAAUGGUGCUGUAUUUUUUUUUAUGUCAAAACUAUGCAUCUAGCCUGGGUGAUUUGAAAUGUACCCUCCCUCCGGUACUAGCCUGUGUGAUCCCUCGUAUGUAUGGCAUUUUGUGCGUGUAUGUUGGUAAUUAUCCAUUCUGUACAGUUUUUCUUCAGACUUUUAAGA